AUCCGGCCUCAGUCUUAGGCGCGUGUCUGAUCAGCUGGGAACGACGGUAAAAGCAACAUGGCGGCGCCCGUGCGAGGCUUGCAGUGUGCUCUGAAAAAGAGUAUUGUACCACCGUUAGUCGUGAUUUUAGGAGCAACCGGUACUGGGAAGUCUAAACUGGCGAUUGAAAUUGGUAAACGACGUCAGGGAGAGAUAAUCAGUGCCGAUUCCAUGCAGGUGUAUCGUGGGCUGGACAUCAUAACCAAUAAGGUGACGGCUGAGGAGCGUGCCCAGUGCAGUCAUCACAUGAUCAGCUUCGUGGAUCCCUUGGUCAGCAGCUACACUGUGGUAGACUUCAGGAACAAGGCCCUGGCUCUCAUAGAGGACGUGUACAGCAGAGAGAAGCUGCCUGUCAUAGUAGGAGGAACUAACUACUACAUAGAAUCACUGCUGUGGAGAGUACUGAUGGAUGAAGGGCAUGAGAAUGAAGCAGAGGGGAAGAAAGGCGAGUCUCUAGAUAGGAAGGCGGAGCUGGAGAAACUGGGCGGGGCUGAGCUCCACAGGAGACUGACUGAGGUUGAUCCUGAAAUGGCCUCCAUGCUACAUCCUCACGAUACACGCAAGAUCGCCAGGAGCCUACAGGUGCAUGCGGAAACAGGCGUGCCUCACAGCCAUUGGUUGGAGGAGCAGAGAGGGCAGGAGGGGGGAGAUGUGCUGGGGGGGCCACUGAGGUACCCAGACCCCUGUAUCUUCUGGUUACAUGCUGACAUGGAGGCCAUAGAUGAGCGCUUGGACAGGCGUGUGGAUCAGAUGCUGUUGACAGGCCUGAUAGACGAGCUCAGAGAUUUCCACCUGAGAUUCAACCAGCAGAAGAUUAAGGACCAGAGUCAGGACUACCAGCAUGGUAUAUUCCAGUCUAUAGGUUUUAAGGAGUUCCAUGAGUACCUGACAUGUCCUGAUGAGACGACACAGGAGGUCCGAGAGACACUCCGGAACCAAGGUGUAGAGAAUCUGAAGAUGGCUACAAGACGGUACGCCAGGAAACAGAACAAAUGGGUCCGUAAUCGCUUCCUUAAGAGACCAGGGGACAACGUCUCAACAGGCUUCAUGUCUCUGUCCAGCAGCACCAUGAGACCCUCUGAGUCUGUCUCUUUGUCUCUGUCUUCAGGACCAGGGGACAACGUCCCUGCGGUGUAUGGUCUGGAUGUGACUGACGUGUCACAGUGGGAGGAGACUGUCCUAAGCCCAGCCCUUCUCAUAUUGGAUAGUCUUACUAAGGGGGAGCGACCUACCGUUGAGCCAAUGAGAGUGGAGGGGGCGGGGAAGAGGAACAAGCGAAGCCGUCACACCUGUGAGCUGUGUGACAAGGUGAUCAUUGGAGAUCUGGAGUGGACAGCCCAUCUCAAGUCUAAAAAACACCACUAUCAUGUGAGGAAAAGGAGGAAGUCCGAGCCUGAACCAGCCAGCGACCAGCCCCAGGGGACUACUCCUUCUCCCACCCCUACUACAGAUGGCCCUAUCUUGGGUAACUCCACUACUCUAGCCCCUGGCUCAGCUGAGGCCUGUGGAGAAUCAGAGUCCCCAGGUACCAGUUCUACUGAGAAAGAAGCCCCAGUUCUAUAGGAGAGGAGGUAUGCUUCACCAUAAGUAUGUUCAGUAUUGCGGGUGGGACAGAAGGCAGUCUUUUUGGCCUCAGCUUGUCGGAUUGACUCUUUAUUAAAUCAGAAAGAUAAAAAGUAAAUAAAAAUAAUGGAUUAUCUGAGGACAACACAGAGACCAGGGAGAAGUCGGUCUCUUGACGACAUCACCGCUAUGACAUCAUCACUCGUGUCUAUGACUUCUUCGUUGUUUGACUCCAGCUCAUGGAUUUGGUCGGUUUGGAUUCCUUGGAUUCUGAGUUCAAGUUGAAUUGUGACAGAACUCUCAAAUGGAAUGACAGUUGAUGUUUUACAGCAGGGUUCAAUAAGACCAACCGUCUCUGUCCGUGUCAGGUAACCUGUCUAGUAAACACACUCUAUGGCAACUGCUGUGUUUGUACCGAGAUGUUUGUGUGUCUGCAUUGUAAUUAUUAUAAUUAAAGAUACAUUUUUUUUUGUUAUAAU